GUUUCCCUGGGCAAAGCACAUUAUACCCAUGCGACUCCUUAUCUGACACAUGCCAUUGGUUUGUAUGCGCUGUACUUUGUGCCUGGUGAAACCGCCGCCGCCCAUCAUUAACCACACGCAUAGACGUGCUCCAUCUUCCGUUCAGUCUCGUAUCAUAGAUGUCUGCCAGUACCUAUGUGCUGGGUCUGUCCAAAGUUGUCAAAACACUCGAUCAGGUAAUUUUCAGACCAGAUAGCUCAUAGGUCAUCGCCACAGCAUCCAGUGUGCAUCAAUUAAUACCAACAUGCCGUUAUGCAUAUUCUUGCUUGGAACACUCGGUCUACUAUAGUGUCAGACGGUCCUCACCCCCAGGAUCCUUCCGCAUCUCC